AUGGACCGGGUGACCAGGUACCCCAUCUUCAGUAUCCCGCACUCGGCGCGCAUCACUGGCCUAGCGCUGGACGGAGACACCACCUACACCAUCGAGCUGGUGGGCGUGGGGCCCGAGGAGGCUGGCUGGAACCAGGACAGGCCACAGGCCUGGUCCCCUGACCAUCAGGCCCAGAUGGACCUGGUGAAGACCGGGGCGACCCACAGCGGGCAGGCCUUCCCUGGCCAGUGGUCCCUGAGACCAGUCUGCCUGGAGGAUGACAAGGACGGGGACAUGCAGGGUCACCACCUGGGUGCCAGCAGUGUGCUCCCCAGGCAGCGGCAGGACCUGGAGCAGGAGCGCUGGGCCGUCAUCCAGGGCCAGGCAGUCAGGAAGGGUGGCACCGGGGCCACACUCGGCGGCACCUCUGACCACGGGGACCCCAGGCCCCUGGGCCACCUCCGGCCCACCCCCCUGGAGGAGAACAGGAUUGACAGGGAGCAGAUAGACUUCCUGGCAGCGAGACGGCAGUUCAUCCACCUGGAGCAGGCACACGCCACGAUGGCGCCCCCCAGGCCCCCCACCAGGGCGGCCCCCCCAUGUGCCCCACCAGGGGCCAGCCCAGCUCUCCAGGCCCCAGGCAGGCCUCCCCUGGCCCAUGGGAGUGUGGUCCCCAGGGAGUCCCAGGUGUGGGAGCUGUUCAGGGAGAAGAAGGGCCGUGGUUUGCCUUUGGGGUCCGGCAUCCCAGCUGUCCAGGACCCUGGCUCCCGGUCACGGGUGGAGUCCCCAGAGGCCCCCAAGGAAACGCCCAUCGAGCGGGAGAUCCGACUCGCCCAGGAGCGCGAGGCUGACCUGCGGGAGCAGAGGGGGCUGCGUCGGGCAGCUGGCGACCAGGAGCUGGUGGAGAUCCCCACGAGGCCAGUGCUGACCAAGGUGGGCCUGGCCGAGGCCCCUCGGUGGGACCGGGGGCGUCCGUCACUGUAUGUGCAGCGGGACAUGGUUCAGGAGACGCAGCGCCAGGAGGACCACCGGCGGGAGGGCCUGCAGGCGGCACGGGCAUCCACGCCCGACUGGGCCUCUGAGCAGCCCCAGCCUGGACUCAGGAGAAGCAUGAGCUCCGACUCCAUCCUUGGUCCCACUCGGGACGCCCGGGCGGCUGACCCAGCCCCAGCCUCGAGGAGAGUGCAGCGCAUCUCACCCGAGGCCUACCAGCCCUACCUGGCCGCCCAGAGCCCCCAGCGGCGACUCUCGGCCUUGGGAUCACCUAGCAAGCCCAGUGGUCUCUCCGCAGAGGGGGUCAGGGCUGUGGCCUCUCCCAAGGCCCUGGGGUCUCAGAGGCAGCUCCCAGAAUCCUCUGGAAAGCCCCUGAGCACCAAGCAGGAGUCUGCCCCGCCGCUCCGGGGACCCCUGCUGGCCAGCGAGGGCCUUGUUCGGCGGGAUCACUUCCGCCUGCGUCCUCUGCGGUUCAGGGUCCCAGAUGUCCCUCAGCAGGCUGAGGCUCCCCAGGCCCGGGGCUGGGAGGCGGCUGGGGCCCCAGGGUGGAGGUUGCAAAAGUCCCUUUCAUCGGAUCUGCUGGAGAGGGAGGUGGAGAGUGUCCUGCGCCGGGAGCGUGAGGUGGCAGAGGAGCGGAGGAGUGCUCUCUUCCCGGAGGUCUUCUCUCCGCCACCAGAGGAGGACCCUGAGCCAGACUCCAGGAGCUCCUCGCGGGCAUCAGGCAUCGUGGGCAGCUACUCUGUGUCGGAGUCACCCGUGUUCACCCCCAUCCACCUGCACUCCGGCCUGGUGUGGAAGGCAGAAGCCCCUGCAGAGGAAGCGGCUGGGCAGAGAAAGAAGGAGCUCUGGUAUGCAGGCAUCAACCCCGCGGAUCAGGUCAACUCAGAGAUCCUGGGAGCCACUCGGGUGACCCGGCACAAGAACGCCAUGGCCGAACGAUGGGAGGCCGGCCUCUAUGCCAUCGAGGGCGAGGACUGA